AUGGAGCCAGGGGAAGCCUCUCCCCUCCGACACUUCGUCCUGGCCAAGCGCACUGUCAACGGCAUCUUCGAACAGAUCCUGCUGUAUGCCAAGGAGGCCUCCGCCUUCGCAGAAGAGACGUGGUGUGGGUCGGAGGGCUCCAGCGUGGUGGGUCAGGCUCAGUGCGAGGAGCUGCUGAGCUGCUGCACCAAGCUGACCACCAUCAGAGACGUGCUGGCCAGGAGACACAUGAAGGUGGCCUUCUUCGGCAGGACCAGCAACGGUAAGAGUACGGUGAUCAACGCCAUGCUGCGUGACCGCGUGCUGCCCACGGGCAUCGGCCACACCACCAACUGCUUCCUGAGGGUGGAGGGCACGGACGGGGAGGAGCCCUACCUCACCACCGAGGCCUCCGCCGAGAGGAGGAGCCUGCAGACCGUGAACCACCUCGCCCAUGCGCUCCACAUGGAUCCUACGUUAGACUCUGGCAGUCUGGUCAAAGUGUUCUGGCCCAAGGGCCGCUGCACCCUGCUCAGAGACGACCUGGUUCUCAUGGACAGCCCUGGAACGGACGUGACGGAGGAGCUGGACAGCUGGAUCGACAAGUUCUGUUUGGACGCAGACGUCUUCGUCCUGGUGGGGAACGCAGAGUCCACCCUGAUGAACACGGAGAAGCUGUUCUUCCACAAGGUGAGCGAGCGGAUCUCCAAACCCAACAUCUUCAUCCUCCACAACCGCUGGGACGCCUCGGUCACGGAGCCCGACCACGUAGAGGAGGUGAGGAAGCAGCACCUGGACCGCGGGGCCAGCUUCCUGGCGGAGGAGCUGAGGGUGGUGAGCCUGGAGGAGGCGCCCGGACGGAUCUUCUUCGUCUCCGCCAAGGAGGUGUUGUACUCCAGGAUGCACCGCGCCCAGGGAAUGCCGGAGACGGGGGGCGCUCUGGCCGAGGGCUUCCACGAGAGACUCAAAGAGUUCCAGAGCUUUGAGCGGACGUUCGAGGAGUUCAUCUCCCAGUCGGCCGUGAAGACCAAGUUUGGCCAGCACACGGUGCGCGCGGGGCAGAUCACCCAGGCCGUCAGGGACGCCAUGGACGCCGUUAACAUUUCCGCUGCAGACAGGAAGAUAUGCUGCCUUGAGGAGCGGGAGGAUCUGCGGGACCGCCUGGACUUCGUCCGAGGUCAGAUGGGUCGUCUGAGCUCCAGCCUCCGGGACCAGAUCAGCACCCUGAGCGAGGACGUGGCCGCCCGGGUGGCGGCGGCCAUGUUGGAUCAGAUCCGGAGUCUGGCGGUGCUGGUGGAGGAGUUCCGGUCGGACUUCAACCCCACUCCCGACACCCUGGCCCUCUACAAGGCUAAACUGGUGUCCCAUGUGGAGGAGAGGAUGGUGAGCUCCUUGUCGUACCGCUGCUCCCCAGGAGUCGGCCAUGACGUCCGGGCGACCCAGACCAGCAUGAUGGAGAGCGUGCGCCCGCUGCUGUCCCUGGACGCCCAGGAGCACUUCCAGCUGCCGGGCUCCAGGCCCGACCUGCUCCUGGACCUGAACCUGGCCCAGCUCUGUGGAGACUUCCAGGAGGACAUCCGCUUCCGCUUCUCUCUGGGCUGGACCGCCCUGGUCACCCGGUUCAUCGGCCCCGUCAACGCCAAGAGGGCGCUGGCCGGCGUGGACCCCAGGAUCCAGAACAUGGUGCAGGAAGGAGCCAACCUGAAGGAUGAGAUGGUGGUCUCCAUAGCGACGGGCCUGGUGUCGGUGACCUCUCGCGCCUCCAUGACGGUGAUAGUCAUCGGUGGGGUGGUGUGGCGCUCGGUGGGCUGGCGUCUCAUCGCGCUGUCCCUGUCGCUCUACGGCCUGCUCUACCUGUACGAGAAGCUCACCUGGACGGAGCUGUCCCGGGAGCGCGCUCUGAAGCGCCAGUUCGUGGAGCACGCCUCCCAGCGGCUGCGGGCCCUCGUCCCCGUGGCCAGCCACGGCUGCAGCCAGCAGGUCCACUCCCACCUGAUGUCGGUCUUCAGCCGCCUGAGUCAGCGUGUGGAUCUGAGCGAGGCGGAGCUGGAGGAGCAGAUCCGCCUGCUCACCUUCAAGAUCCAGCAGCUGGAGAGUGUCCAGCGCCGCUCCAAGGUCCUCAGGAACAGAGCCACUGAACUGCAAGGCCACCUGGAUGUUUUCUCAGCUCAGUACCUCCACGGCUGAACCACAACCAGACCAACACAACCGCUGGACUAGACACAAGAAUCUAGAUGGACUCCAAUCCAAGACUCCUCCUAGUAAAAUCCAUGCCUAAAUUCUUCUCCAGAUGCGAAUGAGUGGCAUUAGUCCAAUUUUUUAAAUGUUGUCCCCAAAAGCACACUGUGUAUUAUUGUGUGUGUGUCAGUAACUGGAGUCAGAAAAUUCUCAGAGGUGGGAUAAGAAUAACUGAGCAUUACAUAACAUCAAAAGGUCGAAAUAUUUUUUUUUCGUUUUUAUCCAACAAAGAGGACUUAAAAUCUACUGCAGACAGUUGUGGGUGGGAUCAAACUUAAGGUUCUUUGCCUGACACCCGGUGGCACAGCAAGCUUCAAACAGUCUUUCAUUUUUGGACUGCAUAUCUGCAAAUCUGAAAGCGACACCCCAGGUCAAAGUUAAAAUAACUCAAACUUUGAAGCGAGUCCCCUCUACUGUACCGCGUUUGCUAGGGCAGGGUGCAUGGCCCCCUCACCUCUCUGCCUGUGAUGCUUUCACUGCAGGGAAACAAUGGAGUGGGCUUUGCACCACGUCUCAAGUGGGCAGGCCUCCAACACCUACUCCUCAGAGACGUCCCAAUACACUGUCUUGUGAAGCUCACUUUAGCCUUCUGUGUUUGUUAUCUCCUUGAGUCUUCUCGAUCGAACUACAAUUGAUGUCCAACAAUCUCCAACGGGGACAUAAGAAUAACCUCAAUACUGUGAUACUUAGAGCUGACUGGUAGUCCUGUUUUGACCUUCAA